UCUUGAUUAAUUAUUAUGCGUCAGUUCAAAGUCUAUUCUACAAAACAGCGAAGCAAACGAGUUUCUAAAGCAAUGUUUCCUAUAAACUCUAGCUAUUAGAUGCUAUAGGUAUUGUUAUUAUGUCAUUGUUCAAUACAGUAAGUGAAUUAAUUGUGUAAGAUAAAGACAAAAUAUUGACUUUAAAUGCAAACAAUAAUGUUCGUUAGUGUCUCUUAUCAAUGUAAAUAACGCGGUAUAUUUUGUUAUGUUAAUUUGUAUUCCGUGAGAAUAGAGUUAACACACAUUUUUAAAUAAUUAUUCUCUUUAUUGCAAAUUUAUAACUUAUUAAGUAUUCAAGCUUUUUAGUGUUUAAAUUUUUAAGUUUUACUGGUGCUUAUUAAUUAUAAUAUAUUCAUUCACUACCAUUAAAGUAUAAUGGCCAGUAUUUUUCGGCGUUCAGCUUACGAAAUUGUUUAUAAAAAUAAAUUAUUAUUAUGUCCAUCAUUUCGUCAAAAAUAUACUGAUGCUAAUAUACUUAAGUCUGUAUAUAAAGAUUUUGAAUUAUCAUGUCAAACAGUCAGAGAUUUUGCUUGGAAGAACUUGGACAGAUGGCCGGACAAAACUUUAACAGUGUGCGCUGUAACUGGUCACGGUUACACUUAUGCUCAGACAUACAAGAUGACCAUUUCCUUUGGUGCAUCACUUCUUAAUAAAUUAAAAUUACAGAAUGAUGAUAAAGUAGCUGUUAUUUUGCCUAAUGUCCCUGAAUAUCCUUGCGUUGUGUUAGGUAUUCUUGAGGCUGGAGGUAUUGCUAGUCUAAUGAAUCCUGCUUAUACACCACAUGAAUUAAAGCAUCAAUUAAAACUAAUUGAAUGCAAAGCAAUAGUGUCCUCUAAGCUGUCUUAUCCCAACAUAGUGCAAGCUCUAAAAGAAAUUAAAUUGAAUAUACCAGUCAUAUUAAUAGACAAUGAAGUACCAGAAGGUACCAUAAAGUUUGCAGAGUUUGCUGAAGACUUAAAUAUAGAUACUAAUUGUUUGAAAAGAGUAAAAAGAAGUGCUAGAGAUAUAGCAAUUUAUCCAUUUUCAAGUGGCACAACUGGUUUCCCUAAAGCAGUGGAACUAACACACGAAAGUGUAAACACAAUGAAUGAAAUGAUAUUAGUCCCAGAAGUCAUUGGUGUAGAAGAAGCUAAUGCUUCUUUCCAAUCUGUAACACCAGCAGUGUUGCCAUUUUUCCACAUCUUCGGUUUCAACGCACUGAUGUUGAAUUUAAUGGCUAGGGGUAUCAAGUUGGUGACAUUGCCAACAUUCAAGCCGGAUCUUUUCCUUGAAACUAUUGUUCGACACAAAGCGAAUCAUUUGUAUGUCGUUCCGCCAAUGAUGGUAUUUUUGGGAAAACAUCCAGCGGUGACUCCGAAGUACCUGGAAACAAUAGAAGGCAUUAUUUGCGGAGCAGCGCCCCUAUCUAGUCACGACGCGACUGCAGUUCUCAAUAAAAAUAAAAAUAUCAUCUUCAGACAAGGCUAUGGACUAACCGAGACGUGUGGGGGGAUAUCUGUGGGUAACAAGACCGAUACUAAUCACUCAUCUGUUGGUCAUGUAUUUGCGAGUGGUGAAGUGAAGAUAGCGGAUCUGAACACCUCGGAAGCCUUGGGGCCUGGACAGGAAGGCGAAAUCUGGUAUCGGGGUAAGAAUGUUAUGAGUGGAUACUAUAAAAACGUUGAAGCGUCUAAAGAAGUCUUGACGGAAGACGGCUGGUUCAAAACUGGUGACAUUGGAAAAUACGAUGAGAAUAAAUAUUUGUACGUCACUGAUCGGUUGAAGGAACUUAUAAAGGUUAAAGGAUUUCAAGUACCACCCGCAGAACUAGAAAUGGUACUCAGAACACAUCCGAAGGUCCUCGACUGUGCAGUCAUGGGGGUACCUGACCCAAUCUCAGGGGAGGCACCGAAGGCCUUUGUUGUUACACAAGCUGGGGCAACUUUGAAGAGUGAGGAGAUAUUAGAUUUCGUUAACAGCAAAGUGGUUUCUUUUAAGAAUAUAAAAGAUGUUGAAUUCGUUGAAGCGAUACCUAAGAAUCCAGCGGGUAAGAUAUUGAGAAAGGAAUUGAAGGCGAAGUAUUGUUAGUUUUCCGGUUCUGACGUAGUACGACAAUUUUUCAAAAUACACUCACACACACACAAAUUCACGGUUUUGAUUUUUUUAUUAUUCUCUUAAUCACCAAAGAUACAACAAAGUAAAGUUUAGUACUCAAUAGAAAUUGUAAAAAUAAAAAGCUAGAUUUUUUAAUAAAUAGCAAUAAAUAUCAUAUUUUUAUAUUUUUAAAAAUAUAUUUUGCAAUCGAAAAUAACAAUAAUGAAUAUAUAUAAUAUAAUAUAUAAAAUUUAUAUUCUUAUAUUUGUAAAUAAAUCUUUUUAUUUUCAAAAAAUAAAUGAAAUUGUAAUAAGCAAUGAGAGUAAGUAACAGCCUUUUAAAGUCCCACCACUGGGCUAAGGCCUCCUCUCCCUUUUGAGGAGAAGGUAAAGCAAUGAUAAUUUUUUUAUGAAUUAUGAUAUUAUAACACUAAUUUUAGUAUAAACUUGACAAAUUUUAGGCAAAGUUUACACAAGACGGUGUUUAUCUCAAAAAUAUUUUUUCUAAAUAAUAGUUAUAUUAAAAUAUAUUAAGUAUACAAUAUGUUUAGCGGAAAAAGGGUUUUUAAUUUAAAAUUAACAAUAAUGAAUAUAACAUACCACUACCAAUAUGGUUAUCAUAAAAUUUCGUAAAAAGUAAAACUUUAUGUAACUUUAUGAAUAGAACACGUGGAUUUGAAGGAAUUAGCUGAAGGUUGUGGUCCUCGAGUACAGUACAGUACAGUAACAGCAUGUUAAUGUCCCACUGCUGGACUAAGGCCCUAUAUCAAUUUUGAGAAGGUUUGGAGCUUAUUCCACCACGCUGCUCCAAUGCGGGUUGGUAGAAUACACAAUAGCAGAAUUUCAAUGAAAUUAGAUACAUGCAGGUUUCUUCACGAUCUUUUCCUUCACCGUCAAGCACGAGAUGAAUUAUAAACACAAAUUAAGCACAUGAAUAUUCAGUGGUGCUUGCCCAGGUUUGAACCCACGAUCAUCGGUUAAGAUUAUCAUCGUUAUUAUACAACGUUCUAACCACUAGGCCAUCUCGUCUCGUGGUCCUCGAGUAUGAUUCUUAAUUUGUAUUUACAAUUCAACUCGCACUUGACGUGAAAUGAAAAAAAUUCUUAAGGAACAUGUAUGCAUUGGAUGGAAAUUCUACCACAAGUAAAUAUACUAAAUCGUAAUGGAACUUUUUUUUUUGAAAAUCACUUUUUAUUAAAGUAUAUUAUAAUAUUAUAUACUCAAGACUGAGCUCAGUAAAAUAUUUCUUAUAGCUCUCUAAAUCCUUCAUACCAUUAUAUAUUAUUUAGGGAACAUAAUACUACAUUAGAUAUUUUCGGCUUUGUUACUAAUAUUUAUAGCUUAGUCUAUAAUAUACUAAAAAUUAUGUAAUUUUUUUUUUUAAUAACGGUAUUGGAAUCUACCAUAAAGCCCAAGAUCGUAAUAUUAAAUACUACUUGAGUAGGAAUGGCAUAUGAAUACCUUUGAAAAUGGAUUAUUAAUUUCGUAAUAUUUUAGAUUUAAUUAAUUUUUUAUAUUAUAUCCUUUUUUAUUAUACAGUUAAGCGUAACUGAGUAUUUCCAUAUAAUCAGUUGACAAUUUUUAUGCAACUCCUUGUAGUUUAUCUGAAAAUCAACAAGAAUUGAACCGAAAAUUCAAUUUACGUUGACAACAUUUAUGUGAUUACAGAAAUUUUGUAACCAACGACAACACAAAAGUUGCUAAUUAAUUAUUUAUGGAGAUGCGGUUUAAUUACCAAUUAAUAAGUUGUCAAUUUUUUUACAACUUAUUAUACAUUAUAAGCAUUUAUGUCAACAUAAUUUUAGAAAUAAUUAUUAUGGACCAAUUUGUAAACAAAAUGUAUUGUUUACUGUAACUAAUUUUUAAGAAUUUUAUAUACUAAUAAAAAAACGUAUUAUAAUAUGCAACGAUUCUUUAAAAAUAUAUUUUGAUGAAUUUUGUAAUGUAGUUAGUAUUAUAUUUAUAGGUAUAUGAAAGUUUUAAAAUCAUGUCAUCGACGAUUCUUUUCUGUACAGUCUUUAAAAUGACUCACUUUAACUAUUGAGAUCUUCUCAUGUGUGAGAGUAAAAAGGAUAACAAGUUUUUGUCACACAAAUUAUAAUAGAUUUUAUAUCUCAGUCUGACUCUGAAGCCUGAACGCUAGUUUCUGAAAUGAUGACCAAAGUUACUGAACGUUCAUUGGUCGCUUAUGUCACCGAUUAAAUUAAACUCAUAUUAGUUCACCUGACUUUAAUCAGCGUUCCAGAAAUUGACGUUUAAUAUGUUAAAUACACUUGUUUUUAGUACAGUCUACCUGAGGAUACAAAACAUGAAAAGUAAUUAAAACUAAUCAUAAUAUUAAACUAUUUAUAAACUAAAACUUUGUUAUACGUGAAAUAUACAUAAAUAUAUUCUUUUGUUACAUAUAAUAGCUUAUUUGUUAAUU